CGCACUGAAGCCCGCGCGGAGCGCAACCCCACCAUCCCUUCCCCGCCCCCAAACUCGGACCCUCCUUCAGCUUUCGGGCCGGGCAGAAAGCCCACCGCGGCGGCGUUGACAUGCCGGAGAUCCGCCUCCGCCACGUCGUGUCCUGCAGUAGCCAGGACUCGACCCACUGCGCAGAAAACCUUCUCAAGGCAGACACUUACCGAAAAUGGCGGGCCGCCAAGGCGGGCGAGAAGACGAUUUCUGUGGUGCUCCAGCUGGAGAAGGAGGAGCAGAUUCACAGCGUGGACAUUGGGAACGACGGCUCAGCCUUCGUGGAAGUGCUGGUGGGCAGCUCGGCCGGAGGGGCUGGGGAGCAGGACUAUGAGGUCCUGCUGGUCACCUCGUCUUUCAUGUCCCCUUCCGAGAGUCGUAGUAACUCGAACCCUAACCGAGUCCGUAUUUUUGGGCCUGACAAGCUGGUCCGGGCCGCAGCUGAGAAGCGCUGGGACCGAAUCAAGGUGGUCUGCAGCCAGCCCUACAGCAAGGAUUCCCCCUAUGGCCUGAGUUUUAUCCGGUUUCACAGCCCCCCAGACAAAGAUGAAGUAGAAGCCUCCCCCCAGAAAGUGACCAAGCUUGGCCAGUUCCGCGUGAAGGAGGAGGAUGAAGGCGCCAGCAGCUUGAGGCCAGGGGCCCUCUUCUUCAGCCGCACCAAGACGCCCCCAGCCUCUGCCGGUGACCCAGCAGGGCCCAGCUAUGCGGCCGCUACCCUGCAGGCCUCCACUGCCGCCUCCUCUCCGGUCUCCAAGGCCAUGGGCAGCAGCUCCAAGCCUCAGGAGUCCCCCAAAGGAAAGAGGAAGUUGGAUUUGAAGCAAGAAGAGAAGAAGACCACCAGCAAGCCGCCAGCCCAGACCACCCCACCUGCCCUCAAGAGACCCAAAUUGCCGGCUCCCACCCGUGCCCCGGCCACCGCACCAGUCUCUGCCCCAGCACGGGGGGCAGCGCCAGCGAGACCUCGAGGAGAAGGCGCUGAGUCCAGGGGGUCCCGUGCUGGCCCGCAGGAACUGGGGAAGAUCCUUCAGGGCGUGGUGCUGGUGCUGAGCGGCUUCCAGAACCCCUUCCGUUCGGAGCUCCGGGACAAGGCCCUGGAAUUGGGCGCCAAGUACCGGCCAGACUGGACUCCUGACAGCACCCACCUAAUCUGUGCCUUUGCCAACACCCCCAAGUACAGCCAGGUGCUCGGCCUGGGAGGCCGCAUCGUGCGCAAAGAGUGGGUGCUGGACUGUCACCGCAUGCGACGGCGGCUGCCCUCCCGAAGGUACCUCAUGGCAGGGCCCGGCUCCAGCAGCGAGGGCGAGGGCGAGGGCGAGGGCGACUCCCACAGCAGCAACAGUGGGGACGAAGCCCCCAGGAUCCCCCAGAAGCGCCCCCAGACCAAAGUCAGGCCCCCUCAGGCAGCAGGCCCCAGCUCACCUCAGAGGCCCCCAACCCCAGAAGAGACCAAACCAGCCUCACCAGCACCCCAGGAAGACAGCGACAUUGAGGUGGAGCAGUCAGGACAGGACAAUGGGGCAGAAGAUUCUGGGGACACUGAGGAUGAGCUGAGGAGGGUAGCUGAGCAGAGGGAACAGAGGAAGCCCCCCGGCCAGGAGGAGAACGGCGAAGACCCAUACGCAGGCUCCACCGAUGAGAACACGGAUGACGAGGGCCUGUCAGCAUCUCCCAACCUGCCCAUCCCCAAGCUUCCGGACUUCUUCCAGGGCAAGCACUUCUUCCUGUACGGGGAGUUCCCCGGGGACGAGCGGAGGAUGCUCCGCAGAUACGUCACAGCCUUCAGCGGCGAGCUCGAGGACUACAUGAGUGACCGGGUGCAGUUCGUGAUCACGGCCCAGGAGUGGGACCCCAGCUUUGAGGAGGCCCUCAUGGACAACCCCUCCCUGGUCUUCGUCCGCCCCCGUUGGAUCUACAGUUGCAAUGAGAAGCAGAGAUUACUUCCCCACCAGCUCUACGGGGUGGUGCCCCAGGCCUGAAGGACGAGCAGCCAUGUGCCCCCGCACACAUGCACACACACAAUAAGCUUAAUAAAUGCGUCUUGGUUUGGA